AUUAUUGUCCUGGCUCGGAAGUUGGAGUAGAGCAACAAAAACAGCGAAUCAUGCACUAUUUUAUUUCACUCAUGUGUAGAUCAAGAUCAGUAGCAGUGUAAUAAGACAUUGUAUUGUCUGUAGCGUGUGUGAUAUCCCCCAGUUCUGUUUUACGUAAACUAACGUUUGAUAGUUUUACAUGCUCAGAAACCACGCUUCAUCAAUUUCAUAACAUGGCUUCAUCAAUCGGUGUAAAUCGCAAGAGAAGCCGUGAUGACUUGGAAGAUGGAGAUGAUUGCCUUCCUAUCUCAAAACGUAUUAAUUCUCUUCGCAUUGAGGGCCAGACACCUGGUAUCAGUGCUCAGAACUCAGAGCAUCUCUUGAGUCCUUUAGCUGGCUUUUGUGAUCUCACAGCUGGGUGUGGCACACCGCAUGACUUCAUGGCCUCACCUGGGAACGUUGGGGCUCCGCUCAUUCCUCCCACAGUCCAGUGUGGUCCGGCAGCUAGACAGUUAGAUCUAAACAGUCCGAUGGCUUAUUCAGAGCGACUGCCCACCAUAGAUGAGCAAGAUAUUUCAACACAAAGUGGAAGCUCUCAAAGACAUCAUACAUCCAACGUUCUUCCUCAGUUCAUGCGCUCAUUCAGUGAGCCAUAUUCUCCUUUCUUGAAUUCCAACAUGACUGAUAUGUCGAUGUCUUCAGAGCAGAACUCUGGUUUUGACCGAGCACACCAUUUCCCUCCGACCUCCGCUCCCUUAAGCCAUCAGUUGCCGAUGGAGUCGUUUCAGGACAGCCAGUCUUUGUGUCAGCCUAUGUCUGGGUUUCCACCCCCAUCACCAAACCAUCCAGGAGAGCAUUUCAUGCAAGAUCAGUCACAAGAACAGUUUCACUUCCAACAGAUUCCCUCAGGGCCGUAUGAACCAGAGCUCGGAGUAUCGGAAAAUCCACACUACUACUCAGUAAACCAAAUGCUCUAUGAGGCUCAUGUGUCCCGAGUGAGGAGAAACCACAGAUACCCGGAGUCUUCAUAAUAAAGACAGAAUAGCUCUGUGAUGUUAGAUUUUUGCAAGCCUUUGAGUGAGCAUCUGGGAAAUAGUAAAGUAUAACUCUCCUUGUCUGUCUACAUGCAUAAUGAUGAUGACAUCCAGCUGUUUUCUGUCUUUGUGAGACAUAGCCGCUACCCAGGGUGACCUUGGAUGUGGGGCACAUGGUCAAAGUGGUUCAAAUUGGGGAGUUAUACAUUACUCUGACCAGCAAUUAUUGAUUUAAAAGUGGUCUUACUUAAUGUAUGUCAUGCUAACAAUGCUGUUUUGCGUGGUCUGCAUGAGGUUUGGUUAAUCUGUUCAGCAUGUUGCAUGCUCAGGUGUCAUUUGGUCUAAACAAAAGAAAAAGAAUGGGCCUGUGUUCAAGUCACUAAGAAUAAUGCUGGCAUAUAUCAAGCAAUUACAAUUUGUUUUCAGAAAAGCUAAAAGGAACAUUUAGGCUCAGAAAUGAUUCAUGAUUUGGAAAUUUCAUAACCUUUUGCAUUUCAACCAGAGAUGGUAAAUGUGAAGAAAAAAACAUUGGUCUGAAUCCAAGUUUUAGACUGACUAUUACAUGGUAUGUUAGUGGAAGAAGCAGACCUUCAAAUUUUUUUUUGGUGCAAUUCAAAUAGAAGGGCUGAAAAGCCUGAUAGAAUUAUUCUGUUGGUGCAGCAUGUCUCUAGGUUAUGGAAACUCUUUUACUAAGGUGCUAGUCCUUCGGCUUUACUGGUGCCAGAAGGAGUGGAAAGUAGUUUCUUGCUGUCUGCUGUGUGAGGGAAGCUUUUCGUAAAGGGAAAACACAUGUCAGUGUGUGAGGUGUGCACUUGAGUAGUGUGAUCCCACUAGUGAAAUUUAUAAAUAAUAAAUAAUCUGUGAUGGGGCUGUACAUUUUGAGAUAUGUGUAUGUGGUGAGAGGUAGUGCAAUGUAAGUGCCAAAGAAGUUGUAAGGAAAUUGUUAUCAUAUUUUGGAAGAACUGAAAGUGAGACAUGGUAUAAAGAGUGCUAUGACAAUAUUUGAAAAUAUUAGUGUAGAUAGUUGGGCUUCUGUAAAAUGUCUGUUUUCAUGAAAAUGCCUUCUUUUUAGUUUUGUGCCGUACCAUGGACGCCACAGAUGUUGGCAAAGUUUGCUGUUCUUGGUAGCUUAUAAGAUGUUACAUGUAUGUCCCCCUAAUCAUCUGGGUCUAAUUUUUCUGUAUGAAGAUUUAGCCACAAGCAUAAUAUAAUAUGGAUUCGUAUGCAUGAGUGAAAAAUGCACAAAUUGGUAUCAAAUUUGCUAGUAACAGUUUACUGCCAGGCUUGCAGGCAAUGGACAAACACAGGUCUAGUCUAGAUGAAAUGUAAAUACCAAAAUGACUUUUAAAAGGCAGCAAAUUUCAAAUUAUGGAGAAGAUUGGGAAUUAAUA